GCCCGUCUUGCUUCUUCUCGUCUCGUGGGCGGUCCUACCUUAGGUGGCUACCGGUACUGGUUGACUUGUACACAAUCAUCCUCAUCCUACCGGUACUGGCUGUACGUAAUCAUCCUACCUUAGGCAAGCAGCCGGCGAAUCAAGUCGGGACCCCGUCUCCCCGUCUCCCCGUCUCCCCGUCCCCCCGGUCAUCGUGUCUGAUCGUUGUCAUCCAAGCAGCCAAGCAGCCAAGCAGCCAAGCAGCAGCUGAUUCGAAAGCGAAACCAGUCGACGUUGAAGUUGCACUGCGCUUGACCUCCGCAUGGUGAACUGCGCUACCGUCUUCCGCCGAACAGAAUAGCUCGUACACACACAGUAAUUAUCAGGGUGCGUUAUGUUCGGGGGACGACAGUAGUUGCGCGCUUGAACUGCGCUUGAACUGCGCUUGAGCUGCGCUUGAUACGUUCGCUUGAACUGCGCUUGAUACGUUGGCUUGAACUGCGUACGUUCGCUUGAAGCUCGCCUGGUAAAGUGCGCGCGUGAAGUGCGCUAGUAGUGCGGUUGAAGCGCGCUCGAAGUGCGCUGGUAGUGCGCUCGAGGUGCGCUUGAUACCUGCGCUUGAAGUCCGCCUGGUAAAGUGCGCGGUUGAAGUGCGCUAGUAUUGCGGUUGAAGCGCGCUAGUAUUGCGGUUGAAGUGCGCUUGAAGUGCGCUUGAAGUGCGCUUGAAGUGUGCUUGAAGUGCGCUUGAAGUGCGCUAGUAGUGCGCUUGAUACCUGCGCUUGAAAUCCGCCUGGUAAAGUGCGCUUGAAGUGCGCUUGAAGUGCGCUUGAAGUUAGUAAUGUGCUUGAAGUGCGCUUGAUACCUGCGCUUGAAUUCCGUCUGGUAAAGUGCCCUUGAAGUGCGCCUGAUAUCUACGCUUGAAGUCCGCCUGGUAAAGUGCGUUUAACACUAGUAAGUGCAUCCUUGAAGUGCGGUAGUAGUGCGGUUGAAGUGCGCUUCAUUGCGCUUGAAGAAGAUGGACUACAACGGUGAUGAUGAUGGGAUGCAGAACACGAAGGACAACAACGAUCAUCAUCUGGCCGAUGAUGAUGAUGAUAAAAGGGAUGCCAAGAUGGAGUCUGCUUCUGGUACAGCCGACAACGAUGAACCUGGUCCAUCAUCGAAGAAACGAGCUCGAACAUCUUUGGACGCGCGCGGGUUUGAUACAGUCACUCAAUUCGACGACGAUGUGCUACCAUCCCUACCACCACCACCACCACCACCUUCUCUGCAUCAUCAUCCUAACCAUCACCAUUACCAUCAUGAUGGUCAUCAUCAAGACGAUGGUCCCUCCUCGCCAUCGCCAUCGCCAUCGCCAUCGCCAUUGCAAUCUCCAUCUCCAUCUCCAUCUCCAUCGCCAAACUUAACUGCUGCUUCUUCAAGUGGAUGGCAUCUUCGUCGUAACGGCGACGGCUCAAGCACGAUCAAGACCAAGACCCUACUCCCGGCGGAAAAGAGUUUGCUGUCUGUGGACCGCAGAAUUGGAACAAGUGAACGACGUCAAGAAGAAGACGAAGAAGAAGAAAAAGAAGAAGAAGAAGUGGAAAAAGAGGAUCUGUUUGCUCGGCUUCCAGACAGCCUCCUUUUGAAGAUUUUGGACGACGUACAAGAUGUGAAGAUGAUAUUCCGCUGCUCCGUUUUGUGCAGAAGGUUGCGCGCACUCGUCUGGAAGGUGUCUGUGUUGGCAUUCCACUCUCAAGUUUGCUGCAAUAUGAUGAUGAUGAAUUUGGUACUGGGAGCAACAGAGCUCUCCUCCUUGCACAUACAAAGGAUGACCCAGAAUCCCAGCAGAUGUGGGGCUGGUCACACCAGUCUUCCUCCUUCGCUGACCGUCUUCGAGCUCGAUCCUUCGGUCAUCCACGCCUUGUACUUCGGUUCAUCGAUCGAUGUAUGGCUGCUUCACUCCCCCCGCCUCACAAAGUUCUCUAUUAAUUUUCCCGCAGGUGUGUGCGACUCACUUCUGGAACGGAUUUUGACUGUGUGUGUUAUGCACUGCCACAACCUUCAGUCACUUUUCAUCAACUGCGGCCUGGCCCUUCAGCAGAUCUGCUCGCAUGCGCUGCUGGACUGCAAGCCGUCGGAAAGUGUGCGGACACUCUAUUUGCGUGGCGUGUUUCAUUUAGCUACAACAACCACCCCGCAGAUCUCACUCGCCCCUCUUGCAGCCGCCGUAGUGACAGCAGACGCAUCGCCCGACAGGGUGGAAUUCUUGUUGCGCCUUUUCGCUAACCUAGAGGACCUGGAAUUGCACCCGCAGGACAUGCGAAUCCCCGCCGUGAGGUCGUCAACUCUACGACGACUGGUUAUCAUAUCGGGCCAAUUUGCAAGUAAUUCUCGGUCCACGAUCGUGGUCCAAUGCCAAGGACUCCAGGACCUCCAUCUCGCAAACUUUGCCGACAUUGACCUUCAACUUCAACUGGAAGGGAGUGGCAGUUCCACGAACUCUGUGCCGGAGAUGGGCACACUGGCAAUCGAAAGCGUCUCCUUCCAGGGUCUCAUGAGCAGAGUGCAAGGAGAAUGGCAUACUGCGGAGUCGUUUCUGAAGCUCUGCAAUAUCAAGCACUUGGCAGUUUCCUCUGCGAAGCCUGAACUUCGCUCUUGGACUUUCAACGACUUGAAGGAGGCCGUCUUGGACAAGGAGACGAUUCUAUGGGUUCUGCAACACUCGCAAGGAACACUGGAAACUUGCAUUUGGGAUUUAGACAUAGGCUGUUGCGACCCUUAUAGUAUGACGCAUGGGUGGAGCUGCAGCGAUCCGGAUUAUCAUCGAAAUAAUACGCACGCAGAUGUGCGUUGGGAGGAGCGGAACUUGAACGAAAGACCCGGAGAAGGAGGUUGGGGUGAUGGAUGGGCUUGGGGCGAUGGUUGGCCGCGUGGUGGUUGGGGCAAUGUUGGUAAUGAGGGUGAAGGAGGACAGCGAAACGAUCGAGGCCGCUGGGGACAAGUCGAUGAAAUUCCUGUUCUCUAUAAUGCUGCUCCCUCUGGCAGAAUUCCACUUUGUAGGGGCGCUGGAUCAGGCGAUGGUCGUGUUGGAUUAGGCGAUGGUCGCGCUGCUGGAUUAGGCGAUGGUCGCGCUGGAUUAGGCGAUGGUCGUGCUGGAUUAGGCGACGGUCGUGCUGCAUUAGGCGAUGGUCGCGAUGGUUGGGCUGUGUUGGGGGGCCGCUAUGGUUGGGCCAAUGAUGGUUGGGGCAAUGAUGGGGGGGUGCAGGAAGGGCGCAGAAACGGUUGGGGAUGGGGAGGGGAGGAUCGCAACUAUGACCCCUUUCAUCGCGCUCGCCGCGACAGAAGGAAUUUACGAGGCAAUAGAGGUAGAGAAAGGCGCAAUGGGUGGGGCCGACAGUACGAUCUCAACAGGAACGAAAACUAUUGGCAGGGGGGGGGGGGGGGCGGACAGGACUUCCUCGACAGACACGAACACAGGAAUGGCGUCCGCGCUGAUGGCCACCAUAAUCAUGCAGGCAGAGGGUCUAAUGCUGCAGCCGAUCGAUUCUACAAGUUUUGUAAAGGCUGUUCUAAGUCGUUGUGGAGAGAUUUGACAUCAUCGGUUGAGCUGAAAGCGCUGAGGUGUUUUGAGAUCCGGAGGCCAUCCGUGGUCAGGGGUUGGGAAGACUUUGUUGCUGCCAGCAGUGCAGUAGGUAAUGGCCAGGAAUCUAUAUGUUGCCCUCAUGGGCCAUCAUCAUCAUCAUCAUCAGCAGCAGCAGCAGCAGCAGCAGCAGCAGGAUCAACAGUGGAACCUUCGUUGGUCGGUUUCCGUUUUGCACCCAAGUUGGAGGUACUAAAACUCUUUGUGGAUGAAGUAACAACGAGGACGCUCGCUUUGAUUGACAGGUUGUCGCACGACUGCACCUCUCUGACAACCUUGACAGUCAAAACGAGGUCAUCGGCAAUCAGCACUCCCAUCGUCAGUCAGUUGCUGAAUCUACAGGUGUGUCCAGCAGUUAAGACGAAGAUCGUCGUGGAGAAUGGGUGGUAGAGUCCCGGUGACGGAGGUGAGGAGAGCGAGGACGUCCGAGUGAAACAAGCCGCCAGGCAGCGUUGACGGAGUGAUUGCCACACAGGGGACACAGCUAGUAAAAGUCUGAUGCCCUUCGAAUUGCGCUAUGAGUGUGCGCCUGACUCCAAAUGCAGCGAUUCUCGCCAAGCGCAUGCUGCUGAAUGAUAGACGAGUGCCGAUCAUGAGUUGAUUGAAUCGCGAUCCAGUCAGACGAGGAAGCUAGUACCAGGGGCUGCUUUGCCCCUGCACCGUCUCUGCUAUGUUUCCUCGGAGGCUGUGGCCAUCCUCCUGUUCUACUUCCCCCCUUCCAGAUCUGCUUCUGUGCUCUCGCUACCGUGCUGCUUCAGUGUUCCUUCCAUGUUCCUUUUCCGAUUUUCCGUGCCCUUCUUUCUCGAUUGACAGAAUCACUUCCAUGCAGUGUUUCUUCCACGGAACCGGAGACUAUGGUGGACCAUGCCCACGACGCACACAUCGUGAGUAAGGAAGCCAGAAACCAGGCCUUGAGCGGCAGGACAGCAGUAGAUAGACCAUUAGUACACAUAAUCAUUUGGCGCCGUACACCGGCACGCGCGUGCAAGAGAGAGAGAGAGAGAGAGAGAGAGAGAGAGAGAGAGAGAGAGAGAGAGAGAGAGAGCAUCACUUCUGUGUGGUGAUUCUGAGAGAGAGAGAGAGAGAGAAUCACACUUCUGUGCGGUGAUUCUUCCACGGAACCAAAGAUGGUAGUGGACCAUGUCACAUGGGGUGUCCUUGGGGAUGAGGAGGUGUACAAAGGCAUGGUUAGAGAUCUCAGAUCAUACAUUUUGAGGGGCAUGCGACUCUAUGACUUUCACUACCGUGAAAACUUACAUCGCUACAGACAGUUCCCCAUUUUGUGACCGUCUUCGCCUUCCGGCCGCCCCGUCAAAAUAGUUGUAUCUGUGGAAACUUUCACUCCAGAUACAGUGAUAAUGACCGUGCCUCAGAAAUGGCUGCGUGCAAUCAAGAUGAGACUAAGGUGUCUUUCUUCUUUACCAUGCAUGCCUGUGGGUGGAUGGUACAUUUCAAAUUUUCUAUGUCCUCUAUGCGGCUGUCAGAAAACUUAGGUAAUGUGUUCCAAAUUCCAAUUAUCAUCCUGAUUCAUUUUGUAUAUGGGACGCUGGACCCGUUUUCCGGCAGGUGGUGGUCCCCACCUAGAGAUGGAGCCUCUCCCUCUCUCUCUCUCUAAAAAAAAAAAAAAAAAAAAAAAAAAAAAAAAAAAAAAAAAAAAAAGAAUUAUUCGCUUAGGUUAGGCCCGACCUACGCUUCGUCUAUAUACCAACGAGCGAGUGAGGGAGGUGGUUUUCAUUGGGUGACUUACACGGGGAAGCAGUCGGAGGAUAGGAGGAUGGUGGGUCAUUCCUGUACUAUGCGAAAUGUAAGAGGCUGUUGGCGGGCAUCCCAACCGACAUGUAUAUAGAGGCCCUUGGGUUAAUUCACCAUUUUUUUGAAGUUUUUUUUUCUAUAUCUUGCUCACUAUGUGAAAUGUAAGGCUGUUGGGGGGCCCUCGAGGGUCAGAUACCCAAUUGGCAUGUAUAAAGGCACUUGGGGGUUAAUUCACCAUUUUUUCUAUAUCUUGUUCACUUGCUCUUCUAUGUGAAAUAGAAGACUGUUGAGGGCCACAUCCGGCCCAUCCCAACCGACAUGUAUAAAGUACUACAAACGCACUUGUGUUAAUUCACCGAUUUUUUACAUCUUCCUCGCUGGGACGAAGAAGGCCAGAGAAGGGUGUUCCUUUUUGUCUUUUUCUGAGGAUGCUUGCGAAGUGGAGUCACGUUCGAAUCAAAGCGACGAAAAAUA